AUGUGGCUGAUCCUGGGGAAACGGCAGGAGAUGAGAAAGAUGUUAGUGGCCCAGCAACAUCCCCUGAAUGCCGUGAAGAGCAAUUUCCUUGCACACGUUUAUACUCUGUUCACAAGCCUGUGAAACAGUGCAUCAGUUACCUGUGCAUUACCACUGUCCGUCGAACAUAUAUGAUAAACAAGGAAAUAUGCUCUCGCAUUGUUUGCAAAGAGGAUGAAGCCAUGCAAGAGGAAAUUUGCCGCCAGAUAGCUGGACUGCCCCCUCGCCGCCUCCGCCGCUCUCAUCAGCUUCGAGGGUCACUCUGCCGGCAGGCUCAGAACCAACAGUUGAACACUCUGGAUGCUUAGUGAACCAACAGUUGCAGGGAAGAUGGAGAAGAGAAGGAACUGGCAUCGCAAGGAACCCAGUCUGUUGCUGCCAACUCAACAUAGAUGUGCUUUCUUCCCAUAUCUUCAUGUUUUGGAAGGUGCUCCAGUGCAGGGUGUUUCCUUGCCUGCCUGCCUCUCAUUGCUAGUACUUGAUGUCCCUGUUGGAAUGUGGUACUAGGAAUCUUCAUAUGCCCUCAUGUGUGUCUUUCCCUACAGGUACUUACACUAGCCCUGUUGAAACCACUGUGAAGCAGUGGAUCCUCCUUGCCCUGCCUUGCCUCCACCCAGACAUGAGCCAGCUUGCUUACAGAUACUGCCAUGUACGUGUUGUACCUAGCAAGAGGGAGGAACAACUUCACCCUAACAUUUUGGGAGACCCUCCGCCUGCCCCUGCUCAGGCAGAAGCCAGCCAGAUGAUGUCAUAUGUAUGGGAAAUGUAGCCAUUUCUAUUCUAAUGUGUACAGAGUUGAUAAUGUACAGUCCUUACUUUGCAAAGCCAAGGGGAUAAGGCUCAUACAGUGUAGUUUCUCUUUGGAUUCAGCAAGCACAAACACCAAUGCACUUCAGUGACACUUUUGCACAUAGAUGCAUAAGUGAUUGGCAGCAGGGUGGGUAGAAUCCUACUGACCCAUCACUUGUGAAGUAUAUGUGCCUGAAGACAUGUGCCAAUAGGAAUAAAGUAAACUCUCCUUGUUUCAAGAAUGUGAUGUAGACGGAGGCACAAUAUAUUGACAUUUAGGAGUUGUUAAUCCAAAUUUCUGUAUUUCCCUUGCAUCUCUUAUCUCCCACUGGGUCCUAUAUGCAUUAACAGCUCAGCGAAGGGCAAUAGUGGUGCUACAGGGCAACAGACCUGCAUCUACAGUCUAUCCAUCCUGGUCAGUCUGCACUUGAAUCUUAGGAAUUGAAUAAUCAGGAUAGCAUCUUGAUCUGCUAAAAUUUCCUGAGAGGGGAUUGUCACCACUAAUUAGGGCACAGAUUCCACCCUGCUGUUUCCAUACAUAAAGAGAACCAAAAUAAUGGCUGUAUGGCUCAUUUUUAACUUGUCUAGUUACUAGGUGCAAAACAAAUCCUGACCUACUGAAGGAUAAAUAGGUAUACCAGAGAGAGACCAGCUGUGCUAUCCCAUAAGCAACAAUCUUGUCUUUGCCAUAAAAAUGGCAAAGACAAAAUUAUAGUAGGAAAGGGAGCGAUUCAGACAGGUAACAUAGAAUCAUUGGGUUGAUCACCAUGAGUUGCCAUUUCUGAGGUAGUCACAAUCCUCCACUGUGUCAGGAUUGGGUUUUAAUCACCACCCUUGUUAAUAUUGCAUAAGUGGCAAACUUGGCACACACCAGAUUCCCUUUAAUAACAGGGAGUUUACAUUUAGAAAGGGGUGCCACCAAGGUUUACAGCAUAUUCACACAUACACAUAUAACAUUUGAUCUCUUUCUUUGGAUUAAAACUCUGAAUUGUUUCAGUCAAUGAAUGUUAAAUAGUCUACCACUCAGGUUAUCACAAGGUGAAAGGAAAGUUCUGUUUCUGGCAUCAGCCAUCACUGGAUGCCAGUGAAUGAAGGACCAGCUGGUAUGUGAAACAGCCAAUAAAUACUAUGUCAUAAACAUGUUCAUUAGUAGGGCUCCCUAUUUUUAUAACAAUAAUAAUAAAUUGACCCUAUUCCUUAAUCUUUAGAAGUCUGAUGGGCAGAAAUUAAGCAAUUGAGACUGUUAACCAUAACAUAUCCCUUUGUGUGCCAGGAAAACCUGUACCUGAUAUAUAUUACCACAUGGUGUCUGGUUGCAAUUAAAGGCACAAGUCCAUGUCAUAAAAAAAGAAAGAAAAAAAAUUAAGAGGGAGUCUUUUUAUGGGAAGUUGGUAUACAUUAGUUGUUAGAGGCACUUAGAUUUAAGUCUGUUCUGAAUGUCAAAUAUAGACACUAAUGUAAACACAUAUGUAUGUAUUCUAUAGUUUUUGUACAAUCUAUAGAUAUAUCAAACUCACAUGCACACAUUUUGAGAAAUGCAAAAUGUUCAUUAUUCUGCUUCACUGUCACUCUUGCAGGGUUAUGGAAUGGAAUUUCUGAAGAAGAGCACUACAUAAAUAAAUUUUAUAUACUUUUUUUGUAACACACACA